AUGAAUGGCAGCGCGCUGGUGGCUCUCUCGUCCGGGGUCUUUCAGGACGAUCCAGAUGACGCACCGCCUCUUGGCUUCACGCUCGCCCCGUCUCCGUCCACUGAGCUGCCUCUUCACAACAUCCGCGCAUCUAUCAAUAUCCUGAGAGGAAUAUGUUCACUACUACCACCACCACAAGGUGUGGACAACAGUAAACAAGCAGUGGCCCAUGAUGGAGACGGGUCCCUGAGCAGCUGA